UUAGAUAUUAAAAAAUGUAUUUUAAGCAAUAGAUUGAUGCAAAGGAUUAUGAUUUCUAUUCCUACAGUAUGUGCUUAAUAUUUUUAGUGUUUUUUUUUCAUCAUUUUAAUUGAAAAUAUUUUUGAGAACACAUUUUUUGUUUUGCACAUUAUGUAAAAAUACUUAAAAAUAAACAGUUAUGCUGCCCCCCCCCCCCUAGUUACUAAGAUAUAUUGGAAAAAUAAAUUUUGUGAUUCACACGGGCUUACGCCAGGUCAUGCCUGCUUUUCAUCUAUGCAAAGUGGCCAGAGGUUCUUUGCUGUGCUACCCUAUUGAUAGUUUGAUAUACAAAAAAAAUGGUUUUAGCCUGAAUCAACCAAAUCAAACACAUUUUGAAAAAUAAUAGUAUAUCUAAAAAUAAUUCAAUGAAAAUAUUCCAGCUUCAUCCACAGGGGAUGCAGUUCUAAUGGUCAAGCGCAAAUAACAAAACGAAAAUAGUUCCCCCAAAGAAGACAAAAAUUAGAACACUAUGACAAAAAAACAAUGAAUUUUAUCAAGUAGAAAAAAUAUAUAUAGUGCAACAAAAAACAUAUAGAAAAUGGCAGAUAAACAGAGUGGUAUCACAGUUAAAAAAGACAACGUUGUCAAUUAAAAUUAAGGGAAUUGAUAGUUUGAUGCCUUAACUUUUUGUAUUUUGCUCGUUUUUAAUUCUGAUAAUAUUGUUUGUUAUACCAUUCGCCUUUCUGUAUGAAAACUAUACAAAGUCUUUCUAAUUUUUUCUAUAAAAAAUACAUUUUAUUUGUUUUCAAAUUAUUUUUGAGUUAAUACAAAUAUUAAAUCUUACAUACUUUGCAAAAACUUUGCAAGUCAUUCAGAAAACACAAAACAUUCUCAAAAUAUACAUAAAAAGUACAUGAAUGGAUCUAUCCUCUAACAUACACUUGAAUACAAAAAUGGAUCUAUCCCACAGUAUAUACAAAAAAAUAAUUUAAAAUACAAAUCUGCCAACCAAAGAAUCUGCUGCAUGUUACUUUUUUAAUAUUUAUGAAUAAAAUAAAUAUUUUUUUAAGUACGUUUUUUUUGUUUAAUAUUCAAACAUUUCCUGGAUCUAUUAAUUGACUUAAAAAGCUUAAUUUAUUUUUGUAGUAAAUAUGAUUUAUUUUUUUAUUUUUUUUGGUUAACAAAGUCAUGUGUGCGCGAAAUAACUUUUACUAGGAUAGACCAAAGUGGCUUCAAAUCUACUGAAACUUCAACUUUAAAUUUUAUCUUGUUAAGAUUGACAUGGAAAAGCAUUUUUAUUAAUGCAUGGCAAAAACACCCACAGCACCUCUACAGUAUAUGAUUUUCUUUUUAAAUGUGAAUGCUUUUGAAAGUCACUGAAUAUUUUUUUGUUUCAGCUGCAAAGUUAACUAAUGUGCACAAACGGUGUGUAAAAUGGAACUGAUAAAAAAAACAAAAAAAUGCUGACUUAAUUUGGGCAAUAUUUUAAAGUAUUUAAUUUUUUAACUAUUUUAAAGAAUAUUAUAAUUAGUUUUAUCAUCUUUCUGUUGCGGAGUGUUUACUACAUCUCUGUGCACCAUAAAUAUUCACAAUUGUAUUACAGCUUCAAUGUCAUCUUCAGUAUAACAGUGGUUUUAAAGUUUUUUUGGUUUGUCACCACACAUUUUUUUUAUUUAUUUUACCUAUUUAUGCAUUUCCAGGAAGCUUUUAAGAUUAAGAGUUUAAUAAAAAAAAUCACAACAAACUUUAACCAAAACUGUUUAACUUGGUAAAAACAACUAAAGCUAUUUUUUUUAUUAAUCUUUUUGUACAUUUUUAUGAAAAGAUUUACAUAUAUUUUAUAAAUUAAAAAUAAAUCCCAUUGUGGACUUUGGUUUGCUUUAGAGGACAACAUAGGACGAAUUUAUGAUUCUGUUGUCAUCCUGACCUGUAUUGUAGUUUUAGAGUUAAUCAUCUUUUUUUAUUUAUUUUUUCUAAAUUACUUAGGCUCCCGACCUAUCAGUUCCAUUUUGCUUACAAAUGAGUUUGUUUUUUUUUUACUAUAUUUUUCUUUUAUUUUUAUGGUCGAUGACUGGAAUAAUUAGCAGCUGUUUCUCAUUUAUUUUCUCAUAUUUUUAUUCCAGGACUUGCCUCUGAAGCAGGGAGUGUCUGCAUUAAAAAUGACCUGUAGUUCUCUGCUUCAUAGAUGCCUCAUCUUCCACCAUGGGCGGUGCUCGCAGUUCCUAUACCACCACUUCCAGUCCUUCUAAUUGCUCUACCUCACUCACCGAUACCAAAGCUAUGCAAUCCUCUGCCACGGGGGUAAGUAAGCCAGGGGUAAGUGAACCGCUGUUAGCCAAUAAAACGGGCCGGCAGCAGACCGCGCCAUUAAGAUGGACGGUCCUAAACAUUUCUCCACCCCCGGAAGACCUGCUGGAUAGCAGUCAGAUGUCCUGUCAAGAUGAAGGGGGUGGACCGGAGUCUGAGCAGAGUGGCAGCAUGUGGACAGAAGACUCCAUGUCUAAUUUCAGCAACAUGAGUUCCCAUUCUUACAAUGAUAACAAUGAGGUCCCACGUAAGUCACGCAAGCGAAACACGAAGCAGAAGCCGGGGGCCAAGAGACGAGAUUCCAACAUGGACGUUUUUGAUGCCGACAGCGCCAAAUCUCCACAUUUCGUUCUCUACCAGCUUGGCUCGGACAGCAAAAGUGGCUCCCAGGCUGGAAAUGGAGCGCCUGACACUCAGAAAGGAGGGAAGAAGAACCCUGUGUUGUGUGAACAGUUUCCCAGUAAGAGCGAGGGGAAAGAACUGAAGAUCGUGGUGCAACCAGAGACUCAGCAUCGUGCCAGAUACCUGACGGAAGGAAGCCGCGGUUCCGUCAAAGACCGCACACAACAGGGAUUUCCUACGGUUAAGCUGGAAGGUCAUAAUGAGCCUGUGGUGCUUCAAGUCUUCGUAGGCAAUGAUUCCGGUCGAGUGAAGCCGCAUGGAUUCUACCAGGCCUGCAGAGUUACCGGGAGGAACACGACUCCUUGCAAGGAAGUGGACAUAGAGGGCACCACCGUCAUAGAGGUCAUGCUGGACCCCAGCAACAUGAUGACUCUAGCUGUGGACUGCGUUGGGAUUCUGAAACUGCGUAACGCAGAUGUUGAAGCUCGGAUAGGAAUCGCUGGUUCCAAGAAGAAAAGCACGCGGGCCAGACUUGUCUUCAGAGUCAACAUCCCUCGGAAAGAUGGAUCAACUCUGACACUGCAAACCCCUUCAUCGCCCAUUCUCUGUACUCAGCCUGCCGGAGUGCCGGAGAUCCUGAAGAAGAGUCUGCACAACUGCUCGGUGAAAGGGGAGGAAGAGAUGUUCCUGAUUGGAAAGAACUUCCUGAAAGGAGCUAAGGUCGUGUUCCAGGAAAACCUUGCCGAUGACAGUUUGUGGAAAGCUGAAGCUGAAAUCGACAUGGAGCUCUUUCACCAGAAUCACCUUAUUGUGAAGGUUCCUCCUUACCAUGACCAGAACAUCACUUCCCCGGUCUCCGUUGUGAUGUUUGUUGUGACCAACGCAGGGCGCUCUCAUGAAGUGCAGCCUUUUACAUACACUCCAGAUUCAGCCAUUCCAAACCUUCUCAUAAAGAAAGAGAUUUCCAGCUCCGCACAGUCCUGUACUUUUGAAGACUCUAUGAAAGCAACCGUGACCUCACCUGUUUGCAACAUUGACCAAGUGAACCUGCUCCCUCCCUCGAGAGGCUCUCCAGUUAAAUCCAGCGGCAUCAUCAAAAAUGAAGACGUGGCUCCUAUGGAGCUGACCGGAGAUCAGAGAGCUUCACCUCUGUACAAAACAUCCAACAUUGCCGUGUCCGCUCAGCAAAACCUGGAGAAUUCCUCUCCCAGUGGGUCCUUUUCACCCUCUGUGUCGCACCUUCCCACUGAGACUGACCAACAGACUCUGUUCACACAGGAGUCCCUUUCCACCAUCCAGACACAAGACAUUGCUCAGCCCAGCAAUUUCCAAGCCUCUCCCAGCCAUAACGAGGACGCCAUCAUGCAGCAGACAACAUCAUUUCAGUCAAUGGAGGCCCAGCCGAGAGAUACGCUGCAGUCUGAUAGGGCGUUGGUCACGCUGUCUCAGAUGGCUGAGGCUACACAACAGUCCCACGAGCCGGCAUUACAAGAACAGGCUCAAACACUACAGCAACAGAUCUCUACCGGUCUGUUUCCACCAUCAAACAAUGUUGGCCAGAUGCAGAACACGAUUCACCAGCUCCAGUCUGGCAGCUUCCAGUCCAAUGUUUCCAACAACAACACCGACGUGGAUUUGGUUCAGCAAGUCCUAGAGGCCCAGCAGCAGUUGUCUUGCGUGCUGUUUUCUGGUCAAGGCAGCAAUGAAAACGAGCAAUCGGCAAUUGGACAAGUCCAAGAGCAGAUCAACGCCGGGAUAUUUCAGCCCGUCGGUUCCAUACAAAACCAAGCCGGUCAGGGGAUGUUCUCCUCCUCUGACCAAGUACAUAGCAGAUCGGAGAAUGUGCUUUCCGCGAGGUCUGACAGCCUUCUCCAACAGGCUAAAAACGCGAUGUCAAGCCAGCAGCAAGCCAUGGAAACCAACGCAUCCCUUGUUAUGGAGAUGCAGCAAAGUAUUCACCAGUCCCAAGGGUCCAUUCAGUCUGACAUUUUCCAAGCACAGAGCCCCAGCUCAGGAGCCAUCCAGUCCCCUGUGUUCCAGCACCAGCAGGGAACCCAUAUGAUGAGUGGACUCUCCGCCAGUGAAGAGAUGCAGAUGCAGUGCGAUAUGUUCUCCUCGCCGGGCGUUACUGGGAAUGAUGGUUCUGCAGGGCAGCAGCAAGUGUCGGCAACAAACUCCAAUAUGUUUCAGUCCUCCAGCUCAGCAGAUGGCAACGGCACCUCUACUCAGCCAGAGCAGAUGCAGAACAGCGUUUUCCCAAGUAUGGUCCAAAUGCAGCAUGGCGGAGACGGCCAAAGCCAAGUGGACCUUUUUUCAUCUGCAGAAGAGAUGCUUGGAGUCCAGACAGGUGGGGGGCAACAGCAAGGAGCCGGGCUGUUCCAGCAAGCUGGAGACAUGAUGGGGCUUCAGACGGGCAACUUUUUGCAGCAGUCUCCCCACUCGCACAAUCAACUUUACCACUCCCAGAACACGAUAGGGGACAACCAGAGCAUGGCGCAAGAAACGCAAGGAUCUCUGUUCCACCCCCAGGCCUCAAUGGUGCAACAUCAGAACUCCACUUCUGCACAAGAUCAGAUCCAGUCUUCGCUUUACCACCUGCAAGGCACGAUAUCUGCUUCAUCAGAGCAGCAACCCAACAAUAUGUUCUCCAUGAGCUCCUUACAGAACAAUCAAGUGCCUCAAGAGAAGCAGCUGUCUUUCUUCUCAAGCCAGAACUCUCUUCCUGAGCAGCAGUCGGCAUUCCAGCAACAGACGCAACUGUCUCACAUCCAAAACUCAAUGUUAACCCAGGAACAGCAGCAGCAGUCUCAGCAGAACUUGUUCCAGGCCCAAAACCAACAGAACUCCCUCUUCCAGGCCACUCACUCCAUGGUGGGUAUGCAGAGCAGCCCUUCUCCCCAUGAACAAAACCAAAACCUUCUUUUUAGUGCACAAAGUUCUAUGGCCAACAUGGCUUCACCUGAGCAACAGCAGAGCAUGAUGUUUAGCCAAAGCCAGGAGCCAAUGACAACCCAGGAUCAGCAGAACCAGGCCAUGUUUCACUCGCAAAGUAUGGAGUUUCAGGCCCAAAGUCCGGUCACCUCGCAGCACGAGCAGCAACAGGCACCCAUGUUUCACAACUCCCCCCAACUUCAGCUGGUUCAGCCCUCCUCAACGUCUCAAGAGCAACAAGUGACGCUAUUUAUGUCCUCUGCCUCCAUGUCUGCUCUGCAAAACAAUAUGAGUCAACAGGAACUCCAACAGACAAGCUUAUUCCCUCAGUCUAUCCAGGGAAGCACGCCUCCUCCUCAGCAGCAGAAUUCUAUGUUCCACAGUCCUGCAGGGGGCGCUAUGAGCCAGAUGCAGAGUGCAUCAGCAUCGUCUCCGCAAGCCACCGAAAUGUUCCUGUUUGGGAUUCAGAACACUUGCGCUCAGCUUAUCUCUGAAGCCUCGGGACAAAUGCCCGACCAGAUGAUGGCGCUAUCUCAGCCGGGGCAAUCUCAAGGAGAUGGGCAGUCUGUGACGUCACUUCUAUCCCAGCAGAAUUCCUCAAUGGCGAACGAUCAGAAUAUGGAGAAGAUCAGCAAUCUACUGGUGUCUCUCCACAACCAGGGGAACGGCAUGUCUGGAUCAUACUAAAUGAUGCAGUGAAAAGGAGUUUCCAAACUGUUCAAACAAAACUGGAUUGAUUUGUCUAUCCGCCACGGUCCAAGUAGAAAACGGUUCUUCGUGUCGUCCCCUCUGACCCGUCCUCGUCUCUCUUCAGUAUUUUAGCGACCAAGACUCUCUAUAGUUUUAUUAUGACAUCAUACUCCCGAAAGCCGUAAGCUCCGAGGCACUCAGCCGUUAGUUACCGCUUUCUUUCCUCAGUGGUAGUAAUGUUUACCUCUUAUUUCA